UUGCUUGGUUAGCACUUCCAAACAGAUAUAAGGAGGCUGAGGCCCCAGCAUCCAUAAGUCAGAUACCUUCUUCCUCUGUGGGUUCUCCAAGAAGUACACAUUCAUCUGUAGGAGGGGAAAAGAAGUUAUCCGUCACCAUGAGUACGGAUGCUGAGAUGCAAAUCUACGGCAAGGCUGCCAUAUACCUCCGUAAAUCUGAGAAGGAGAGGAUGGAGGCACAAGCCAUGCCCUUUGAUUCAAAGAACUCCUGCUAUGUGGCAGACAAGGUGGAGCUGUACCUUAAGGGUCUGAUCACUGCCAGGGCCGACGGGAAGUCUACUGUGACAGUCACGAAACCUGACGGCAGUAAGGAGGAAGGAAAAGAGUUCAAAGAUGCAGACAUCUAUGAGAUGAACCCCCCUAAGUACGACAAGAUUGAGGACAUGGCCAUGAUGACCUACCUGAAUGAAGCCUCUGUGUUGUAUAACCUCAAAGAGCGUUAUGCAGCAUGGAUGAUCUAUACCUACUCUGGGCUCUUCUGUGCCACGGUGAACCCCUACAAGUGGCUCCCUGUGUACGACGAAGAGGUUGUCAACGCCUACAGAGGGAAAAAGAGGAUGGAGGCUCCACCCCAUAUCUUCUCCGUCUCUGACAACGCCUUUCAGUUCAUGAUGAUUG